CUUCGGCGCUCUGUCUGAACAUGCGAUUCAAUCAUUUAUGUUUCCUUCUCACGCUCGACCUUGUCCUCGGUGACAUUACAGCAGCAAGGAAUGUCACUUCUUCGACUUCAGAUCUACAGACCUGGUGGCACGACAAUGGGGAGUUCAACUACGAGACUCCCGUGCGAGAUGAGAAUGUGCGGCAGUCGCAUGUAUACGCAACAUGGGUGAAGUCAACAACGGAUACAAAUCAGACAUAUUACAAUUCCUUUGUAUACGAGACAAUACCGCGAAAUGGCCAAGGGAAUAUUAUCAUUCCGGGAAACGCCAGCUCUAUAUCCACGGAAGACGAUUCGAUCACGAUCGAGGCAGACAUCUGGAUCACCAUGGGCUGGACUCAAUUUCUGUAUGGUUCGGAUGCCUGGGUGAAAAUCUCCCGCUACGGAAACAACCUUACAACCGCAAGCGAUGUCGUGAUACGACCUACCCACCUGAGCCUCAACGUCACCGAUGAUGGCCUCGGGAAUGUGUACGUUUUGGUGCCGUAUCGCGCCCAAGGCUACCGAAUUUCUGUCGAGUUCCAAGACAACCUAUAUAGCUACCGCAAUGGCUGUAAUGACACAGAGAGUGACUUUGUUCAGGACUGGCAUGCCGAUGGACCAAACUACGUUUCGAAUUUCACAGACAGCAUGCCUGUCAUGGGGGUUGAGCCACAUGACGCUCUCUUGAUCUUCGCAAGCCCUUUUCCAUCGUCCGACCUUAUCCCUUCCGAGACGUCUCAAGAGACAUACGUUGUCUACCCUGGCCUCGUCCCUGACUUGAGCAAUAUCACCAGUACCAACGUCUACUUCACGCCUGGGGUCUACUACAUGACGGCAACCAAUCACGCUGUCCUCUCCAGCUCGGUCGAUUGGGUCUAUCUUGCUCCUGGUGCUUACGUCAAGGGAGCAGUCCAGUUCACCACGACUUCGAGCAUCAUCAAAGCAACCGGGUUCGGCGUGCUCUCUGGUGAGCAGUAUGUCUACCAAGCGAACACGGCAUCGGGUUACACCAACAACGCAUCCAACAAUGACGACCUUCGGAUGUGGAGUGGUUACAGCACCGGAGACAGCCACCAGACUUUUGUGAUCAGCGGAGUGACGACAAACUCGCCUCCAUUCAACAGCAUCGACUUCUUCGGCGAUAUUGACACCAUCUCAAUCAAUCAAUCCGACUACAAACAGGUUGGGGCUUUCUUCGGACAGACGGACGGCACCACCUUGUAUACAGGGUCGACUGUCCGCGAUACCUUUUACCAUUCCAAUGACGAUACGAUCAAGACUUAUGGCUCCAACAUAUCUGUCAGUGAUGUUAUUGUGUGGAAGGGCAAGACUGCGCCUGUAAUUCAGUUCGGCUGGGCAAGCCGCAACCUGACCAACAUCACGGUCGAUGGAAUCGAUGUGAUUCACAGCAGAUACAACUCAAACGGUUCGCACCCAAGCAUUAUCGGUGCGAAUCAGGUGUACGGCUAUCUGGAGACUCAAACGGACACCGCAGAUCUCAGCAAUACGGUCAAGAACGUCUACUUUGGUAACAUCAGGUCGGAAGGUAUUGGGGGAAACUUGAUGCGGAUUGUGCCUCUUGCCAAUUACGAAAAUGUGGUCAUCGAGAAUGUCAGUCUUGGCGACUUUAGCGACCGAAGCAAUUAUAUAUUCGGCAGUCAGCUGCCAGUCUGGACGGACGGCAAUGGAUCUCCUGUCACCAUCACGGGAUUCACCAUCUUCAACUACACUGUGAACGGCACCACGAUCUCGACGACCUUGGACAACACUGGAUAUACCUCUCUCGGCGGGCUCAACAUUGCUGAGGAGUUUUUAGCAGCAGAUGCUGUCAUUACAGUACAAUAGAUUAUAGGAGCUAGACUUCUUGUAUAUAUUUCGCUACAAUAUACUUGGACCUUGACACG